UCAAACCUCUGGGAUUUUCAGGGUCGGACAAAGUCUUCUCCUCAAAGACCCACCUGCAGUAUCGCAUGUACAAAACGCCAAUCUUCCUGAACGAGGUAUUGGUGAAGCUGCCGACAGACCCCUCAGGAGACGAACCUCUGUUCCACAUCUCCCACAUCGACCGGGUUUACACCCUCAGAGCUGAAAGCAUCAAUGAAAGGACGGCGUGGGUUCAGAAAAUCAAGGCAGCUUCAGAGCUCUUCAUUGAGACGGAGAAGAAGAAGAGGGAGAAGGCGUAUUUAGUGCGGUCUCAGAGGGCAACGGGAAUCGGCAGACUGAUGGUCAACAUUGUGGAGGGGAUCGAGCUCAAACCCUGUCGCUCCCACGGAAAAAGUAACCCAUACUGUGAAGUAAACAUGGGUUCUCAGUGCCAUAUCACUAAAACCGUACAGGACACGUUGAAUCCCAAGUGGAAUUCCAACUGUCAGUUUUUUAUUAAGGACCUCGAACAGGACGUCCUCUGUAUCACUGUGUUUGAACGAGACCAGUUCUCGCCCGACGACUUCCUUGGUAGAACUGAGAUCCGGUUGGCUGAAAUAAAAAAGGACCAGGGCUCUAAAGGACCAAUCACAAAGAGGCUGCUGCUCCACGAGGUUCCCACGGGGGAGAUUGUCGUCAGACUGGACCUCCAGCUGUUUGAGGAGCCGUGAAACAUGGAAGAGGUCA